AGCCAACCUUGCUUGGAAUGAAGAAGAAAAGGAUGGUUGCGUUGUGUUGGGUUUAUGUUUUAUAGUGGUCGAUUUUGACUAUUAUUCAAAGUAAACCUAAAAAUAUAAAAAAUUAUGGAUUUCCAAAACAGACCUGGUGGUAAAACGGGCGGAGGUGGGGUAGCAUCAUGGUCAGAAACUAACCGUGAUCGCAGGGAGAGGUUAAGGCAACUGGCAUUGGAGACUAUCGACUUGCAGAAGGAUCCUUAUUUUAUGAAAAAUCAUUUGGGUUCAUACGAAUGUAAGCUCUGUUUGACUCUACACAACAACGAGGGAAGCUAUUUGGCUCACACGCAAGGCAAGAAGCAUCAAGCUAAUUUGGCCAGGAGAGCCGCCAAAGAGGCCAAAGACGCGCCCAGUUUGUUGCAGCCCGAUAAACCCAGAGUCGAGCCGAAAAAGUUCGUUAAAAUCGGCCGGCCUGGUUAUAGAGUAACCAAGCAAAGGGAUCCCGAAACGGGCCAGCAGAGUUUGUUGUUUCAAAUCGAUUACCCUGAAAUUGCUGAUCAUGUUUUACCCAGGCACCGAUUUAUGUCCGCCUACGAGCAAAGAAUUGAACCGCCAGACCGCAAGUGGCAAUAUUUGUUGUUUGCUGCCGAACCUUAUGAAACGAUUGCAUUCAAGGUUCCGAGCCGUGAAGUAGAGAAAACAGAAAAUAAGUUUUGGACCCACUGCAACCAAGACACCAAGCAGUUCUUCUUGCAGUUUGCUUUCAAAAUAGAGAACAAAAAGCAAACAACAAUUGUUACUCGUCCUGCGAUGAUAGGCGGAGUGCCUCCUCCUCCAAUGUUGCCGGUUCCACCCCCACCGAGGGCGCCCAUGUUCAACGCCAUUCCGCCUCCUCCUCCCAUGAUGAGAACUGUUAUGCCGGUUCCUCCACCCCAUUAAUUGUGUAAUGAAUAUAACAUUGUAAACGGCAACAAGCAAAUCUGAGUUAAUAAAACUCUGU